AUGUCACAACCUCACACGUUCGAUCCAUCCUACACCGGGGUACAGCAUCCUGCGGUAGCUCACGACAGGGAGUCAAUAGCGACCACGAUGCAGGGUACAGGUCCGGCCCCAGCCAAGGAAAUGCCGACUAGCCUGAUCAACACCGACGAGCCGACAUCCACCCCAUGGACAGGUCAAAAGCACGAUGGACCGACCAUCGAGGCCCUCCCCCCUCCCCCAACCGUAACGCCACUACAUGCCCUCGGUGACACUCCGCAACCCAUCGAUUGUCCGUUUUGCAAGAAGAGAACACAGACUACUAUCACUAAAGAGGGCACUUCGAUGCAAAUGGUUGCCGGUGUCCUCUGCUGCCUCCUCUGUGUCUGCCUUACCUGCGUACCCUGUAUCGCUGGGUGGUGUGAGGACGUUCACUAUGCCUGCUCCAGCUGCCACAAAAAGGUUGCAACACGGCCGUAUAAUAGCACGAUUCAGACGUUCAGUCCACAAUCCUACGCUCCAACAGCGCCCACCCCAAGGCAAUUAAUCAAGUUUAAGGCUUAA